CCAUGUCUUUAUCAGGGAAAUGUUGGUUCUCUGAACUUAAAACUUCUCAUGGAAGGUCCCCAGACUCAAAGGCAGAGGCGGGGUCUGAGCUGAGGUGCAGGGAGCCACCCUUCUCCAGGCCGGGGCAGGGACCGCAGGAAGGCGCGCUGGGAGGCUUCCCACCUGCCCCAGGAGGCGCCUUCCUUCCCAGCAGCUGACGUGGGUGCCCAGUUCCUGGGCAAGGGCGCGGCCGGAUGCUUUAGGUGGGAGGGCAGUCGGGGGCUCUGGGCCCGAUUUUGACCCUCCGAACCUGCCAUGGGACUCUGGGCCAGGUUGUGGAGUCUCGGGCUUUAAGGGCCUGUAUUUGGGUGGCCAGGGCCCUGCCGCCUACCCCUGCCCCCCGUCCUGGGGAUCAUGGAGUCCAACCUCCAGGGGACGUUCCUGCUGAACAAUACGCCGCUGGCUCAGUUCUCGGAGAUGAAGGCCCCCGUGUGCCAGUACUCGGUGCAGAACUCCUUCUACAAGCUCAGCCCCCCGGGGCUGGGUCCUCAGCUGGCCGCCGGGACCCCCCAUGGGAUCACGGACAUCCUGAGCAGGCCCGUGGCCACGCCAAACAGCAGCCUCCUCUCCAGCUACCCCCACGUGGCAGGCUUUGGUGGACUCAGCUCCCAGGGGGUCUACUACGGGCCCCAGGUUGGGAAUUUUUCCAAGGCUGGGAACGAGUACCCCACCCGGACCCGGAACUGCUGGGCGGACACAGGCCAGGACUGGCGAGGCGGGCGGCCGUGCGGCAACACGCCGGACCCCCUGAGUGACAGCAUCCACAAGAAAAAGCACACCCGGCCCACCUUCACGGGGCACCAGAUCUUUGCCCUGGAGAAAACCUUUGAGCAGACCAAGUACUUGGCUGGCCCUGAGAGGGCGCGGCUGGCAUACUCGCUGGGGAUGACAGAAUCCCAGGUGAAGGUGUGGUUCCAGAACCGAAGGACCAAGUGGAGGAAGAAGAGCGCCCUGGAGCCCUCGUCCUCCACGCCUCGGGCCCCGGGAGGCACGAGCGCGGGCGGGGACCGCGCGGCCUCGGAGAACGAGGACGACGAGUACAACAAGCCGCUGGACCCCGACUCCGACGACGAGAAGAUCCGGCUGCUGCUGCGCAAGCACCGCGCCGCCUUCUCGGUGCUCAGCCUGGGCGCGCACAGCGUCUGAGUCGCCCGCCCCGCCGCGCGCAGCGCAGAGUCGGGGCCGCCCUUUCCCUUCCCUUCCCUUCCCCACGCUGCUGGAGGGAAAGGGGGCCGAGCCCAGCCCGGGGGCUGCCGAGGAGGCGGGGAGGCCAGGCCAGCUGAGGACGGGGCAGAGAGGGGCGCGGACACCUCCCGAGGCCGGCGGGCUCGGGCACCUCUUCACCAUCUCGCACCCCAGUGGGGCCCCAUGGGCAGAGGCUUGGCCCUGACAUUUUGCAGCUUCCCAAGUGCCCAGGCAGGCUAAAAUGACCAGGCUCCGGCUGAAGGAGGAAACCGGGGGCAGGGGCAGCACUUCUAGAUUCUCUCAAGACCACUGGGCAGGAAGGAUCCCACUGCAGGAGGGAGCCGGGGCCAACUGGGCAACCCAGGCAGGAGGAGAACCUCCCCAGGGAAGGGAAGUGAGUCCCGGUGAAGAACUACUCCUGACACCCAAACUCAAGGUUGAGGCCCCCUGAGUGGCAGAGAUCCUCUGUAGCCUCCUUUCUCCACUGUCCCCUGAGACUGGAAGAGACAGGGAGCCACCACUGGCUGGGAAAGGGGCAGGUUAAAGAUGAGAGACUCCUGGGGCGAGUGCCCUACCUAAUGGCCACCCCAGCGGGAACACCCUGGGUGCUGAUGCAAACCCAGGGCCACCUGGAGAGAAGGGCAGCCCAUCUAGCAAUGGGGGUGCAGGGAGGGCCCCCAAAGGCAGACCUGCAAAGGACCUCCAAAACUCCUGCUCCUCCAAGAGGGUACCCAUGGCAGGAGGGGUCCUGUGGGA